AUGGCUAGACCUAUUGUUAUAUCUGGACCUUCAGGAACUGGUAAAUCCACCUUAUUGAAGAAGUUGUUUGCUGAAUACCCUGGUAAGUUUGGAUUUUCUGUUUCCAACACCACCAGAAGUCCUCGUGAGGGAGAAGUUGAUGGUGUUGACUACAACUUCUUGUCUGUGGAAGAAUUUAAACAUAAUAUAGAAGCCAACAAGAUGAUUGAAUGGGCACAAUUCUCAGGUAACUACUAUGGUACUGCCUUUGAAGGAGUGGAAAGGGUGUUACAACUGGGUCAAACUUGUUUGUUAGACAUUGAUAUGCAAGGUGUCAAAUCAGUUAAGGCUUCUGAUAUGGAUGCUCGUUACUUAUUUAUUGCACCUCCAUCUAUACAAGACUUGAGAAAGAGAUUAGAAGGAAGAGGUACAGAAACCGCUGAAUCCCUUGAAAAAAGAUUGGCUGCCGCCACUGCAGAAUUGGAAUAUGCUGAAACUGGUGCUCAUGACUUGAUUAUUGUCAAUGAUGACUUGGAAAAGUGUUAUGCUCAAUUUAAAGAGUUCAUAAUGGCCGAACAAAACUAA